AUAAACCAAAGGUAUUUGUUUAGGUCGAUUUAUAAAUUUGCUCUCUCAUAUAUACUUUAUAUAAAUUAUAUAUUAUAGAUGGAUAGAUUAUAAAGAGAAACAAAAUGUUAAUAAAAAAUACUUUUAGCUGAAAAAUUACUAAAAUACUAGUUUAAUUAUUUGUGAAAGUUGGAGGGUUAUAUUAAUGGAUAUGAUUGUGGCAACGAUAUCGCCAUUGUGUCUCUAUACCCACCCUUCACGGAUUAACGUUGAAUCAUUCUGCGAAUGAAUACAUACUAUGAAACCCAAAUCAUAGAAUGAAGAGUAAGAAUAAGUUGUUUUGAUAUCUCAGAGAGAAAGAGACAGGGAGAGAGAUAUGGAGAAGUACUUGAGAGAGAAUUUCGACGUUGAGGCAAAGAGACCAUCUGAAGAAGCUCUAAGGCGAUGGAGAUGUGCUGUUUCUGUCGUCAAGAACCCUCGUCGAAGGUUUCGAAUGGUUGCAGAUCUUGCCAAGCGAGCGGAGGCCGAAAGAAAACGUAAAAAGCUACAGGAAAAGAUUCGAGUAGCUCUUUACGUGCAGAAGGCGGCAUUGCAUUUCAUUGAUGCUGUUAAUCGAGUUGAGUACAAGCUCUCCAACGAUGUAAAGGAAGCUGGCUUCUGUGUGGGCCCUGAUGAAUUAGCUUCCAUUGUUCGAUCUCACGACUCCAAGGCCUUGGGAUCCCACGGAGGAGUUGAAGGACUAGCCAGACAUAUUUCUGUUUCUUUAAAUGAUGGAAUUGUCUCCACAGAUGUUUCUACCAGGCAAAACAUAUAUGGCCUUAACCAACAUGCUGAGAAACCUUCUAGAUCUUUCUGGAUGUUUGUUUGGGAAGCUUUGCAUGACCUAACACUAAUUAUUCUUAUGAUGUGUGCUGUGAUUUCCAUUGGUGUUGGUAUUGCCACUGAAGGCUGGCCAAAAGGUAUGUAUGAUGGGCUUGGAAUAAUCCUUUGUAUUUUCCUAGUUGUGAUCGUUACUGCAGUUAGCGACUACAAGCAAUCCUUGCAAUUUAAGGUCUUGGAUAAGGAGAAGAAAAAUGUACUCGUUCAAGUGACCAGAGAAGGAUGUAGACAGAGGGUUUCCAUCUACGACUUAGUGGUUGGCGACAUUGUUCAUCUAUCUAUUGGAGAUGUAGUUCCUGCAGAUGGUGUUCUUAUUUCAGGCCAUAGCCUAUCAGUUGAUGAAUCUAGCUUGUCAGGUGAGAGUGAACCUGUGGAUGUAAACAAGAAAAGGCCUUUUCUACUUUCAGGGACGAAAGUGCAAGAUGGGUAUGGUAAAAUGCUAGUGACUGCUGUUGGGAUGAGGACAGAAUGGGGUAGACUAAUGGCUACUUUAAGCGAAACAGGAGAAGAUGAGACACCUUUGCAAGUUAAGCUUAAUGGGGUUGCUACGAUUAUUGGGAAAAUAGGUUUAGCUUUUGCAGUGAUGACAUUUUUGGUUCUGAUGGGAAGGUUUCUAGUAGUGAAGGCACAGCAUCAAGAGCUCACAAAAUGGUCUACAACCGAUGCAUUGCAAGUUUUAAAUUUCUUUGCUAUUGCUGUUACAAUAAUUGUUGUUGCAGUUCCUGAAGGACUUCCUUUGGCAGUAACCCUAAGUCUGGCGUUUGCAAUGAAGAAAUUAAUGAGAGACAAAGCACUUGUGAGACAUCUCUCUGCAUGUGAAACAAUGGGUUCUGCUACUUGUAUUUGCACUGAUAAAACUGGGACAUUGACAACAAAUCAUAUGGUGGUGAAUAAAAUAUGGAUAUGUGAAGAAACAAAAUUAAUUACAAGAAAAGAAGAUGUUUUAUCCUCUAUUUCCAAAGAAGUGCAACGAAUCCUUUUGCAGUCUAUAUUUCAGAAUACUGCUUCUGAGGUAGCCAAAGGGAAAGAUGGAAAGACUAACAUUUUGGGGACCCCAACAGAGACAGCAAUAGUGGAAUUUGGAUUGCAUAUGGGAGGUGAUUUUAAUGUCCAUCGCAAAGAAUCUGAGAUAGUAAAGGUUGAGCCUUUCAAUUCUGUGAAAAAGAAGAUGUCUGUGCUUGUUUCCCUACCUAACAAAAAUGGGUUUCGAGCAUUUUGCAAAGGUGCUUCAGAAAUAAUCCUUAAAAUGUGUGACAAGAUCAUAGCUAAGGAUGGCAAGCCAAUGAAGAUGUCUCAAGAACAAAGAAAGAAAAUCACAAGUGUCAUAGAUGAUUUUGCCUGUCAAGCUUUAAGAACACUGUGCUUGGCUUUCAAGGAUAUAGAGAAACCAGAUUGUAUUCCGGAAGAUAACUAUACACUAGUUGCUGUGGUUGGAAUUAAGGAUCCUGUAAGACCUGGGGUAAAGGAGGCUGUCAAGACUUGCUUAGAGGCAGGGAUUAUUGUGAGGAUUGUCACUGGUGACAAUAUCAAUACUGCCAAAGCCAUAGCUAGGGAAUGUGGGAUCUUGACAGAUGAUGGCAUCGCAAUUGAGGGGCCAGAUUUUCGUGAUAAAAGCCCUCAGGAGAUGGAGGAGAUAAUACCAAAACUUCAGGUUAUGGCUCGCUCCUCGCCUUCAGACAAGCAUAAAUUGGUGACCCAAUUGAGGAAUGUGUUUAAAGAAGUCGUAGCGGUGACAGGAGAUGGGACUAAUGAUGCUCCAGCCUUGGCUCAGGCAGACAUUGGGCUUGCCAUGGGUAUAGCAGGAACUGAGGUUGCAAAAGAAAGUGCAGAUGUUAUAAUAAUGGAUGACAACUUUACAACAAUAGUGAACGUGGGAAGAUGGGGUAGAUCUGUUUAUAUAAACAUCCAGAAGUUUGUUCAGUUUCAGUUAACUGUCAACGUGGUUGCCCUGAUGAUUAAUUUCAUUUCAGCAUGUGUGUCAGGUGAUGCUCCACUUACCACUGUGCAACUGCUAUGGGUGAACUUGAUAAUGGACACUCUUGGUGCAUUAGCAUUAGCUACAGAGCCUCCCAAUGAUGCACUCAUGAAAAGACCUCCAAUAGGCAGGAAUGUAUAUUUCAUCACAAAGCUAAUGUGGAGAAAUAUUAUUGGACAGAGCAUCUUCCAAAUUGUUGUCCUUGUAAUUCUCCAGUUUAAUGGGAAACGCCUUUUAAAGCUUACAGGUUCAGAUGCAACUGACAUCCUCAACACUUUCAUAUUUAAUACCUUCGUGUUUUGCCAGGUGUUCAAUGAAAUAAACAGCAGAGACAUGGUGAAGAUAAAUGUUUUCGAGAGAGUGUUGGAUAGCUGGGUUUUCUUAGGUGUAAUGUUCUCCACAGUAUCUUUCCAAAUUGUAAUGGUAGAACUUCUGGGGGCAUUUGCUGAUACUGUUCCAUUAAGCUGGGAUUUAUGGUUGGCCAGUGUCUUGAUUGGAGCUGCAAGCUUAGUUGUUGCAGCUGUUCUGAAGUGCAUUCCUGUCCAAACAGGCCAAGACCACCAAGUUGCUAAAGGUCAUGAUGGUUAUGAGCCUCUUCCUAGUGGCCCAGAUAUGGCAUAAAAGUUUUUUAUUUUAAUUUAUUGAUUAACAGAGGGAUUUAGAACAGAAUUGUAUGUUUGGAACAGGAAAGUAAACUUGAGGGUUUUGUUUGCCAAUUCUUUUUAUGCCUAUUUCAUUGCUGCAAUUUCUUCCGUUUCAGUCCUUUUUUUAUUUUUAAGAGAUAAUUUAGAAUGUUGAUAGACACACAGACUCAAUAUGGUUAUAGUAUAAAAUUUAAUUGGUAUUAGAACCAAAGUAUUA